AUGGCCUCAAUCAGAUCGACAGGUUCCCAGAACGCUGACCUCCGUCUCCGUGGAAAUGAUCAGUUGAGAACGGUCCAGGAAAAGCGUUCGCAAAACCCGAUAUUGCCUAUUAACUCCACCACUUCCAAACGAGCAUGGGCUAUCUUCCGCGUGGACACGGCCGGGGAGAGCGGUCGAACUGGCAUUCAUCCGUGGAAUCUGCUCAAGGUAUGCUUCAGGAGUGUCUGCACGCUGUCGAUGGUCGUGAAUAUCCUCUGGCCGUUUGUUCCCGCUGCAAUUGUUAUGCAUUUUGCGCGACCCGAUCUGCAUGUCUGGAUUUUCAGUCUCAACUAUGUUGCGAUGGUCCCCUCGGCAAACCUGCUUGGAUUUGCCGGGGGAGAGCUAGCCAAAAAAUUACCAAAGAUGAUAGGCAUCUUGGUUGAAACAACCCUGGGCGCCGUAGUGGAACUAGUGCUGUUUAUGGUUUUGUUGCAUAACCACGACGAGGCUAGGCAUAGAAAUCUUAUUCCUGUCAUCCAGGCCGCUAUUCUCGGUUCCAUACUGGCAAAUCUGCUGCUGUGCUUGGGUAUGUGUUUCUUUGUUGGCGGUAUCAGGCGUUCAGAGCAGACAUUCCACGAAGCCGUCAGUGAAGUUGGCACAGGGCUGCUCCUUGUCGCGGGAUUCGGUCUUUUGAUUCCUAGUGCAUUCUACUCUGCACUGCGCGGAAGCGUCAACGAAGAGUUUACCCUGGCGAUGUUGGGCGAAUACGCCUUAACUAUUAGCCGCGCCACUGCGGUGAUUCUUUUAGUGGCAUUUUUCAUAUACCUUUUCUUCAACCUACACAGCCAUAACUCGAUUUUUGACGACAUUCUAGAGAAAGAUGAGCAUCACGAUGAGGAUCGACAUGAAGAGGCUGCGAGAGCGAAACUCACAAUGCUAGAAUGUUUCUUGGUCAUUGCGAUUGCCCUGGCCUGCGUCUGUAUGUCCGCCGUCUUCCUGGUCCAAGAGAUUGAAUACAUUGUGGAGCGCGGUGUUUCGGACAAUUUCCUUGGUUUGAUUCUCGUUCCGCUGGUUGAAAAGGCCGCCGAGCACCUCACAGCCAUCGACGAAGCCUGGGACAACCAAAUCAACUUUGCGCUCUUCCACUGCUUGGCCCCUUCGAUUCAGACCGCAUUGCUGAACGCCCCACUCACUGUCAUUGUUGGUUGGGGUAUGGGCAAGGAAAUGAGCUUGAAUUUCGAGAUCUUCAUGGUUGUUCUGCUUGUGCUAGCGAUUCUGGUUGUUGGAAACUUCUUGCGUGAUGGCAAGUCCAAUUAUCUUGAAGGUGCUCUUUGUGUGUUGGUAUAUUUCAUCGUAGCUGUUUGCACUUGGUACUACCCCGAAGUGCACACGGCGUCCACAAAUCAGUCUUGA